AUGGAAUCAAUAUUUACUCUCUUUCAUGUGGCAAUGGCCAUCAUUAAUUCAUAUACUGCAGAAGAGGCGUCUUGUAGCCUGCGUGGAGAGCCUGCAUACCCACAGAUAUGGAAGGAGGGUGAUAUUAUAAUUGGAGGAAUUUUCCCCUUCCAUUUUAAAUGGGAGAUUACAGACUCGUUCUAUUCGGUUAUGCCACCUGCAAUAAAGUGCACGAGUAUGGAAUUUAGAGCCUUCCAAUAUUCACAGACCUUGAUAUAUGCAGUAGAGGAGAUCAAUAACAGUUCAUCUUUACUGCCUGGUGUCUCACUGGGCUACAAGAUCUUUGAUACCUGUGGUUCUCCAGCACAUGGGGUGAAAGUAGCAAUGGCACUAGUGAAUGGAAAUGAGAACUCAGUUUCAGAUGAGAUCUGCACAAAGCCUGCACAGGUUCAAGCCAUAAUAGGAGAGACAUAUUCAUCAGUGUCCAUGGCUAUAUCAAAGAGUAUUGGACCUUUCAGCAUGCCCUUAAUAAGUUACUAUUCCACCUGUGAAUGUCUCAGUGAUAAAAGGAUAUAUCCUUCAUUUCUGCGCACUAUUCCCAGUGAUUAUUACCAGACCAUAGCACUUGCAGAGAUGGUCAAACACUUUGGCUGGACCUGGGUCGGAGCAAUAAGAAGAGACGAUGAUUAUGGUAACAGUGGGAUGGCUGCAUUUACAAAAAUUGCAGAUAAACUGGGCAUAUGUUUAGAAUACUCGCUUCCAUUUUUUAGAACAUAUUCCAAAGAAAGAGUCUUGAGAAUUGUUGAGCAAAUUAAAAGCUCUACUUCUCGAGUAAUAGUGGGAUUUGUCACUCCCCGGGAAUUUGAGAUUUUGCUUAAUGUAUUUUCUGAACACAACAUAACUGGAUAUCAGUGGGUGGGAACUGAAGGAUGGAUUGCUGAUCCAGUGGCAGUCACGUUGGAUAAGUACAACAUACUACAAGGAGCCAUAGGGCUAGCUAUUCCCAAAACAACUGUAACAGGGCUGAAGGAAUUCAUUCUAGAUAUAAAACCAUUGAAGUCAGUAGGCAGUGCUAUUUUUACAAAAUUCUGGGAGGCUCUGUUUACUUGCUCAUAUAAAGUGCAGAAUAAUUCUGGGACUAUUCCAGUGUGUACAGGUGAAGAGAAAGUGUCUGAUGUGAGAAACACCUUUACUGACAUGUCUAUGAUGCCAAUUUUCAGUAAUGUGUAUAAAGGAGUGUAUGCCAUUGCCCAUACACUCCAUGAACUUCUUGGCUGCAAACAAACAUGUUCUACAAAGAAGCAGCCUGAUCCCUUAACUUUUCUAGAACACCUGAAAAAAGUACGUUUUAAGACGAAAGAAGGUGAAAAUGUUUACUUUGAUGAAAAUGGUGAUCCUCCAGCAAAAUAUGAAAUAAUAAACUGGCAAAAAACUAAAGAAAACCAAUAUGAAUUUGUCACUGUUGGACUUUACGACUCCUCUGUUCCUGCUCAGAAUCGAUUAGCAGUAAAUAUGUCCUCCAUUGUCUGGGCCCAAAAUACAAAUCAAGUACCAAAAUCUGUAUGUAGUGAGAGCUGCCCCCCUGGUACAAGGAAAGCUGUACAGAAAGGAAAACCCAUCUGCUGUUUUGACUGCAUACCAUGUGCUGCUGGAGAGAUCAGUAAUAUGACAGAUUCCCUUAAAUGUGAACAGUGUCAGCAAGAUUACUGGUCAAAUGCAGACAAGAAUAAAUGUGUAAAGAAGGAAGUUGAAUAUUUGUCCUAUGAGGAAACAAUGGGGAUUUUGCUAACAGUUGUUUCUAUUGUUGGUUCUUUAAAGACGAUAAUAAUAGCAAUCAUAUUCUUUAAAUAUAAGAAUACACCAAUAGUCAAAGCCAACAACUCUGAGCUGAGCUUCCUGCUGCUCUUCUCUCUGACUCUGUGUUUUCUCUGUUCACUUACUUUCAUUGGUCAACCUACUGAUUGGUCUUGUAUGCUGCGUCACACAGCAUUUGGGAUCAUCUUUGUCCUCUGUAUCUCCUGUGUUCUGGGGAAAACCAUUGUGGUGUUAAUGGCCUUCAGGGCUACACUUCCAGGCAGUAAUGUCAUGAAAUGGUUUGGGCCUCCACAACAGAGACUCAGUGUACUUGCCUUCACUCUUAUACAGGUGCUAAUCUGUGUAGUUUGGUUGACAAUAUCGCCUCCUUUUCCCUUUAAAAACCUAAAAAGCUACAAGGAAAAGAUUAUUCUAGAAUGUCAUUUAGGCUCAAACCUAGGUUUCUGGGCUGUGCUGGGUUACAUAGGAGUCUUAGCACUUUUAUGUUUUCUUUUAGCUUUUCUAGCUAGGAAGCUUCCAGAUAAUUUUAAUGAAGCUAAAUUUAUCACAUUCAGCAUGCUGAUGUUCUGUGCAGUUUGGACCACUUUUAUUCCUGCUUAUGUCAGCUCUCCUGGAAAGUUUACAGUAGCUGUGGAGAUAUUUGCUAUUUUAGCAUCAAGCUUUGGAUUACUAUUCUGUAUCUUUCUUCCAAAGUGUUACAUAAUCAUCAUGAAGCCAGAGAAAAACACGAAAAAGCAAAUUAUGGGAAAAGUGCCAGGACAGUGA